AAAAAAAGACCUCCCCAGAUCAAACCAAAAUCAAUCCCGCAGUCCGAACCCCAACCUCAGUUUCAACCCAACUUCCAACAACUACUACUACUUUUCAACCCCCGUUCACAGGGCGCUGGACCUGCAUCUGUGCGAUUCUCUGCCACUACUCCAGGUCUCCAGGUCUCCUCCUCCAGCAUCGUCGCAGCUGGCCUGGAACGUCUGAUACACUAAUACACCGAUCCUCCGAUCCACCGAUACCGAUCCUCCGAUCCACUGAUACCGAUCCUCCGAUCCACCGAUACCAAUCCUCCGAUCCACCGAUACCAAUCCACCGAUCCACCGUUGCACUACAUUUGCGGAAUGUCUUCCACCUUUGAGAUACAACCCUCUGAUGCUGAGAUCGAGGCUUUGGAGGCUGAGAUCCAAGGCGUCUCCUCCAAAGAGAGGUUGCUCCUCAGAUCCGCUUUACAGGCACAGCUAUCCCUCAUCAGAGCAUCAGCCAAUGCCUCGCCGGUCGAAAUCCUGCGCCAGUGGCUUUCUCGAAUCAAAUUAUCUGAGGCUGUUGAAAAGAUUAACGCGAGCGAAACGACAAUUUCCAAGAUUACAGAAGUAUUCGACAUCAGGUUGGACAAGGGCAAACGGUGGACGCUGGCAGAUGAUAGCCUGGUCGAGGUUCCUUCAAUACUAAAGCGGAACCUACGUGACCUAGAGGACGCUCUUUACGAUGAGGAUUCAGAAGCUACCUGUCGGAUCGCGGUCGACAUCAUACUUAUUCAAUGCCGGAAAUAUCUACGCCACAAGUACCAAUCCGCCGAGACUUCGCAUAAUAUUGAGGCCAACGUUGCCGAUGCCACCAAUCCCUCAACCCCUAAAAAAGCUGUCGUCAACGUGGGACUAAUGAAGCGCGUCAAACUGUUUCCAGAAACCUCUCUGUCUGUCAAGAUGCACAAUAAAUUAGUACCGAAUGGCAGAAUUCUAGUCACUAGCCGAGCUGAUUGGGCCUUAGGAUACAGCACUGCCGGAGAUGAGGGCACUUUACUGAUCGCCAUAGAGGCGAAGCAGAGGUCGGAAUUUUCUAAAGGAGAAGCUCAGUUGAUCGCCUACCUUGCUAUCCUCCGAGAGAAUCGUUUAAGAGCGAGGAAAACGAACAUCAUCACACAAGGCUUCUAUAGCGAUGGUUCGCGAUUUGCAUUUAUCUGUAUUACAGCAGAUGGGAGUAUUGAGCGAUCUCCAAUCUUUGAGAUCGAAUUUGAGAAAGAUCUAAAGAUGGUAUUCAAUUUCAUCGUCACUAUGAUGGAAACAGCUAUGAAAAGCACUCCGAAUGCCACACCAACUAAGCCUGGUAAACUACGGGAGAAGGAGAUCAAUCACUUUGGGGACGAGGUCUGGUCGAAGGUCUAUGCCCAAAUGGAUGCGAGUAUAGAAAUUUGCUCAGACGAUAACAUGGAAGAUGCAAUAUAGAUGUUGUCACAGAUUACUAUAAAGAUUACUAAAACCGGGUUUGCUGGGACCGCCCUUCUUAGCUUAGCUUAGUAUUAGUCAGACACGUGAGAGCGCUUAGAUUAUCCGAGCG